CAGACAGUACAGUAUUAAAGAAGUUACAUCUCUGUAUUAUAACCAUUUCAAUUUCUUUUUAAAUACUCUUUGUAUACAGAUAAAAUGGCUACAGCUCUAAAAAACAUCGGUCCCCAUCUUGAAUGCGACAUAUGCGCAGACAAAUAUAAACAGCCCAAGGUGCUGGAUUGCAUGCAUAGCUUCUGCCAGAAAUGUCUGGAGAAAUACUACACCAGCAGGUAUGCAGGUCAACAAACAAUUCCUUGCCCUGUUUGUCGACGGGAGACAGCACUUCCAGAGACACACAUUCAAGGCCUGAAAACAAAUUUCCAUUUGAUGGGAAUAGUUGAGGAGGUCUCACUCCAAGAAAAGGUGGUUAGUUCAGUGAAAAAAACGCCCGAAGAAGAUGAGUCUAAAUGCCAGAAACACAUGGGGGAAGUGAAAUGGUUUUAUUGUGAGACAUGUGAAGAGUUAAUCUGCCGAGUUUGUACUGUAGUAAGCCACUGUAAACCAAAGCAUCACUACAUUGAGUCUGGAGAGGCUUCUCGCAAAUACAAACAGUCACUGAAAGAUAUGUUUCCAGAUUUCACGAAAGACAUCAAAAGACUUGAACAAUCUGUGGCCACUUCAUCACAAGCUAAGCAGAAGUUUACACAGAACGUCACAAAGACUGUGAAAGCUGUGCAAGACAAAGCGGAUAAAAAGAGAGCUGAGAUAACAACUCAAGAGACUAAGAUGAUUGCAGAAAUCAAACAACUCCAGCAGGAUCGCAACAGAACAUAUGAUGAGCAUCAGUCAACACUGACAAUGAUGCUAGAAAGUAAAAAACAUUUGCUAGGGAGAUCCCAGGAUAUCAUUAACACUGCAUCAGACAGUGACUUUCUGUCCCUAUACCCUAUCGUCAGCAAAGACUUGAAAUCACUCAAGAGUCAAAAUCCUCCCCAGAUUGAUCCCAAGCUUUCAUAUCUGAGCUUCACCCCGGGUCAGAGGAUUUGUGACAUCAAUCUGGGCAAGCUGGAGUUAAGACAGUGGGAGAUGUGUCGUGAGUUUGGUACAGAGGGACGUGGUCCAGGAGAGUUCAAUUGGGCUCAAAGUGUUACUGCUACUCAACCUGGUGAGAUUGCUGUGGCAGACUGUUUCAACAACCGAGUGGUCAUCUGCAGCAAUGAGGGACAACACAAGGGAACCAUUCCUUUACCCACAGGUCCACUGGCAGUUGCAGCCAUCCACAAUCCUGAGCAACGCUUGCUUGUGUUGGAUGGAAGCAAGUAUGUCAAGGUGUUCAACAUGAAAGACAACACUCUUGUUAUGCAGUUCCCAACGGUGCCCAAGCAUCAGGUAGACAAGACAGAAAUGGACCUACAGAGUCUAGCCAUAAAAAAUAGUACAUGUACAAUCGUAGUGGGUGAUAUCAAGAGAAUGGUGUGGACUGAACACAGACCCACUGAUGGUGAGAUCCUACACACCAUACCAGUGCAGACUCCACCUUACUACCUGGCUGUGGAUGACGACACUGAAAGAGUUGUGGUCAGUGGAUAUAACACAGGGAAAGUAGACGUUAGUGAUAGCAAAGGUAAAACAAAUGCCACCAUCCGGCCAACCAUUAAUGGUGAGCCAGUGGAGUACUGCCGUGGUGUAUGCUGUGACAGCUCAGGCAUCUACCUUGUAGUGUACCAAGGUGGUGAUGAUGACACUGGUCAUAUUCACCACUAUGACCUAGAUGGCAGGUUUCUUGAUUGCCUAGCUCAGGGUCUGUAUAACCAAUGUGGAAUCACGUUCACAUCAGGUGGCCAGCUGGCAGUGGCUAACGGACACUCAAUCCAGAUGUAUCACAAGGUGUGAUGUAAUCCAACAUGACAUUGACUAGCAAUCAUCAUCAUCCCAACAGCAAAUGUUGAGGAUGAAAUUGCCCAGUCAUUACAUCACCAUCACCACAA